AUGGCUUUCCCUCCACAGUACCGGGAGCCUCCUCCUAGUCUACCGAGCAUCCUGUCCUCUGGUCCUGGACGUUACAACCUACACCACGACAUGCAAUUUUCCGGAAGUCCAGCAAUUUCUAUACCUGGGCUCGAUCCGAAAGACGACGUCCCUCCUCCUCUACCUCCACCGCGCCAUCUUCCAUUCUUGGAGGGUCCUGCUAAUCCCGAAGACUCGAAGAAGGAAUCGCUCGACUGCAGCCGCUUCAGUUCAUCUACACACAGCGGGCACAGCGGGUAUGGCAGCAUGCACCCAGGGUCAUUUAUGGACGAGAGACCAAGUUAUAAGAGAAGAGGCACUGGAAGUAGCACCAAUGGCGACGAGGGCUAUGCAAGCUACACUGCAACUGAAAGUACUCGGGAUUCUCGACCCACCGAAUUCUUGCACCACAGCAAGUUUCACUUCCAGACCGCAGCUGAUUUGCAUGGCGAUAGCAUGAAGAAGAAGUUAGAUCCGAUCCGCACAUUCGACAGGUCGCCUCGAUCAGCAACAUCCUCAGCCUUGAGUGAGCAAGUACGACGACAACCUGACCGUCGAGCUCCGACCCUGAGCAUGCCUGUCCAACUGCCUAUUCACACCAGAUCCCUACUAGACUCGCCUGCCAGAAUGACGGAUACGCCUAUUUUCUCUGCUGUUUCUCCCCGAUCUGCUCCAUUUCGACAUUUCCCUGGGGACCAUCGUUUUGCCAAGGAUGGAUCAGAUUAUGACCAAUCACCAAGAGGUCGUUCACAGCGAAAUAAUAGCGACGACGCAUCCUCAACUCAAGGCAGCUAUGAGUUUACUGGCGUAGAAGAUAUGGAGAUGGACGAGGCCACAUCACCGAAGAGGCUUCACCCAGACGAAGCGUAUGCCACCGUUGGCCACAAGCGAAGGGCAGCCAGUCCUCCAGCAGGAGGUUCUUUACUCCACGGAGGCUCGAGUGAUAUUCGUCGACGAGAACUUGGUUCCCGUGGCUCUCCAACGCCUCGGCUCACCAUCAUGCCACAGGCUUCGUCUUUAUCAUCCAUGUCCUCUGCGGCUAUCUCUCGCUCCAAUUCUUACAUUUCCACUAUGUCCAUACCCCCGUCAAGCGCAACCACUGCAACAUCGUUCAGCCGCCGAUCUCCUGGUGCUGCCUCUCCCGGUGGUGUCUCACCUACGUCUUGCAACUCGCCGUACACAAUGCCCGCUUCAUUGAACCAUAGUCCUCGAAACUCCGUCUCAGGCAGAAGUCAUACACAUGGACGCACCAUCUCCGGAACAAGCCCGAGAAAGCUAGCAGAUAUUCAAAAACCUGCGGGCUCUAAGGUUCAGCGAGUUUUCAUGUGCGAGUGUUGCCCUAAAAAGCCGAAAAAGUUUGACACGGCGGAAGAGCUCAGUGCUCAUGAGGCUGAGAAACAGUAUGAAUGUUCAUUCUGUGGCAAUCGUUUCAAGAACAAGAAUGAGGCUGAGCGACACCAGAACUCGCUCCAUGUUCGCCGACAUUCAUGGUCAUGCUCAGCACUAUCCGGCUAUGAUCGUGCAUUUCAUGAUUCGACGAGCCGUCCUGGGGAAGCUGAUACUUGCGGCUACUGUGGUGAAGAGUUUUCUCGCUCAGGUAGAGGACCUGGUAAUGGGUCUUUGUCCAGAGGGAUUGUCCCAAAACAUGCCACGGAUCAAGACUGGGAUGAUCGUAUCCGUCACCUGCAAGAAGUUCACAAAUUUCGCGAGUGCAACUCCUCCAAGAAAUUUUACAGGGCGGACCAUUUUCGGCAACAUUUGAAACAUAGCCAUGCGGGAACUAGCGGUAAAUGGACAAAUAUGCUUGAAAAUGCAUGUAUGACGGAUGAAGAUCCUACACCGCGAUGA